AUGUCAUCAAAGCCAUUAGUAAGAAAGUCAUCAAACAACCCUUCUUCGUAUUCUUCGAUUAAUUCCAAUAAAAAUCAUGAAAUACAUAGUAAUGGUAAUAACAAAAGCAAAGAGUCUUCCCAAAAAUCUAUCGCUAUAUUUGUGAUGCAAGGGUUUUUUAUUUCGAUAAUAAUGUUUUUUCUGGCUUCUUAUUUCAUAACCGAAACUUGGACUUGGGGAUAUCAAAAUCAAUAUACAAAUUGGAGAAAUUACAUUCCGCGUAGAGACUUAAUACUAACGGAAGAAGAAUUGGCAAAAUAUGAUGGUUCAGACCCAAAUUUACCAAUCUAUAUCGCAAUAAAUGGAGAAGUUUUUGACGUGACUGCUGGCAAAAUGUAUUAUGGAAAGGAUGGCGGAUAUAAGUUUUUUUCUGGAAAAGAUGCAGCUCGUGCUUAUAUUACUGGUUGUUUUGAAACACAUUUAACACACGACUUGCGUGGAUUAACUAUAGGACGUGUUAUUCAUCCUCCUAUAGAUCCAAAAACUCCGAUUCCUGAACCAUGCAAAUAA